GAAUUGAGGAUAGAUUUUUAAAAUUUUAAGUUGAAGAGAAUGGAAAUCAUCCUUGAAUAUUAUUACUAGAAUGAAGAUUUUGAGCAAAUAGAAUCAGCUGCCUAAAAGCUGAGUCGAGCUUUACUUGUCUUGAUGUGGAACUAACAAGAUGUUUUUGAAUUUUUUCAAACAACAUUUUGAAAGACAAAUUCUACAAUAACAGAUUUCCAUCCGCCAUUUUUAAGUAAAAAUUCAAUAUAUUUCAAAUAUUCUCUACACCUACUCAUCUAUCGGAUUAAUUCUGACGCUAUUCAAAAAAUUAUGUGAAUAUAAAAAAAUAAACAAGAUGUUUUGAAAAUAUAACAAACAAAAUAGACUUUGCACCAGCCAACACAUGAUAAGUCAUGUUAACCUGACUUUUACUAAACAAAUUGUAAAAAAGUUUUGUUGACGACCAAGAACAGAACUUAUCCUUUUGGAAGAAAGUUUUAAAAUUUUUUCUGUGAACCUUUUCUGCCAUCAUGACAGCGGCCGAAAACAAGGAAUUUAUGGAUGCAAUUUUUGACAUUGCUGAAGAUGCUUUACAAUUGGAAACAGCUGCAGACCGAGUGAGAUGCUGUGAAUGGGUGAGGAAGCUAGUCUCGCUUCCCGAUGAUAAUCUAGAAUCGGCCAAGAUGCGCAAUGAGUAUAUUCAGUAUCUGCGCAUUAUGGUUAGAUUCGGAUUUCUCCACGGAAUUUUCCUGAAGUCUCCCCCACCAGGAGAAAUGAGACCUUUGGCUGAGAGUCUUGGUGUAGUGAUAAGCAAGAGCGUGCCCGACCUGCCAUCCGUGGGCCCAAUCGCCCCUUUCCUGGCUCAGCAGUCACCGGACGGUCGCGCAUACCUCUCCAUCAAGAAGAUCCCAGAACGCGGCAUAUUCUGCUACAUGGCUGUGGCUCCCGAAAUCAUCUUCGAAGAGAAGGAACGACCCAAGAAGCCGGGAUUCAAAGAGAAUGGGAAUGGCCAUUGACCACUUGCCAAUCACCAAAAUUCUAUUUAGUUAUGUGGGAGAUUGUGUCAAAAUUAUUACUGUUUUCGAAUUAUUAUUAUUGAAAAUAUCUUAAAUUGAUGGUAAAUUUUGGGUGUAUCAUAGAGAGCUUGGUUUGAUAAAAUAAAAUGAUUGUGUCAAAAUAACUGAUUUUAUCAGAAUUUUUAUCGAAAAUUUAGGACCUUAAAAUUGAAUAGUAAAUUAUGAAUACUAAUGAAUUGGGAAAGUGCCACCUUAGACCUCCAACAUACCCAGAACCUGACAGCAUACUGGCAAAAUAUUUUACAAGGCAAUUCAAUAAAAAAUUUAGUUGCUGGUUGUAUGAUUAUGCUGUUGUAAAUGAAUUAGAUUGA